GUGAGGGGGGUGUGCCUUGAGAGAGGGAAGAUCUGCGAGCGGGAGCACUUUUUACGUCUUUGUUGUGGACCAGCUCGACUUAAACUGUCCAAGCACCACCACAGCACGCUCGGACCUGUGACAGGUGAGACGGCGAGCACAAUGUUGAGGAUCCUGCUCCUGAUUCUGUGUGUUGGGGGCCUGGAGGCCUGGUUCUGGAACUUUGCCCCCAAGGCCACCAGCCAGUCCACAACAAGUGCUGCCACAACACCGAGUGGGACAACACAGGUGCAAGAGGAGGAGGAGGAUUUGUUAGGCUCUGGAGGAGAAAUCGUCAACUUGACCACUGGAACCGGUAACUUGGUGAAGGUGUGGAAUGUGACCACCACUCCAGGGAAUACUCAAGGUUCCGUGGAGGUGGAGAGCGCUGACUCAAACAUUACGGGUAAUAUUAACGGGCUCCGAGUGGUGAGUGGGGAGGAAGGGUCUGGAGUUUGGGAAAGUGAUGCUUCUGGGUCGGGAUCGGGGUCCAGGCAAGAUCUUGGAUCAGCUGUGGAAUCAGUCAGCAUCCAUCCAAGUAACUUUAGCGAUGCAAACAACGGGACUGGAGGUGCUGGUUCUGACCCACUUUGUCUGGCCGUGCCCUCUGUUUGGCACAUGUGCUCCAGAAAACGGCCGCAGUUCUUCAAAUUACCUAAUUUUUUCAACCAUACGUCAGUGGAGCAGGUGGGGGCGGCCUUACGGGAGUGGGAGCGGCUGACCCCGGCGGGCUGUCACCAGCGCAUAGAGUGGUUCCUGUGCCUCUUGCUGGUGCCCAGGUGCCCCUCGCCCACCACCACACUUUUGCGUCUGCCCUGCCGCAGCUUUUGCUACCAAGUGCAGGACAGCUGCUGGACGUCGCUGGACAGUGCGCAUCUUCCGGUGGAGUGCGGCCUCCUGCUUGAUGAGGCGCAGGAGCCUGGGGGGCCUCCAUGUGUGUCUGUUAGUUACUCCAAAGACCAGAGCAGCCUGUCCCUACUCCAGUUAAUUGGAGAUCCGCCACCUGAUGAGAUCGGUCGGGUCAUCGGCCCCAGCGGGACCCCGGCCUACGUCUUCACUUCCGCCACUGUGUCGGGCCAACCGGCUCUGGCCUACCUCCCCAACCCUUUCUACCGCCACUUCUCCCUCCUCUUUCACAUCAAGCCUUCCACUUCGUCGGCCUCCGUCCUCUUCUCCAUCACCGAUGGGCCCCAGAGGUUGAUGUACGUGGCGGUCAAGCUCAGCGCCGUGCAGUUGGGACGGCAAUGGGUGCAGUUUUUCUACACAGAGCCAGAUUCGGAGGCACCAUACGAGGCCGCCAGCUUCGAUGUGCCGAGCAUGGUCGGCAAAUGGACCCGUUUCUCGUUGUCUGUGUUUGAGGAGCAAGUGACCUUCUACCAGGACUGUGAUGGGGCGCCACAGAUGGUGGACUUUGAGCGCUCUCCGGACCCAAUGGAGCUUGACCCAGGGGCCGGGGUCUUUGUCGCUCAGGCCGGGGGGGCAGACCUGGACAAGUUCCAGGGUGAAAUAGCUGAGCUGAGACUUGUGGGAAAUUCUCGGGCAGCCGAGCGCUUAUGUGACGACAUCGACGACGACUCCGACGUUGCCUCUGGUGACUUUGGCAGCGGUGACGGCAGCAGGAGGCAGACAGGAAGCAAUGUAAAGACCACACCUGCAUCUUUCAGGCCGGUACCCGAGCCCCCACUGAUAGCCUCAAAAGGAGGGAGACUAAAAGAAACGGUUUUAAGUGGCGCAAAAGGAGAGAAAGGGGACAGAGGAGAGAAGGGCACCCGAGGGGACAGAGGUCAUGCGGGGCCAAAGGGGGACCCUGGUUCAGGCUUCCCCUCACCAGCUGGAGGUGUUGGACAAAAGGGAGAAAAGGGUGAUAAGGGUAGUACAACCUUUGGAAGUAAGGGGGAGCGCGGCGCACAGGGGCUCCCAGGUCCCCGCGGACCUCCUGGAGCUGCAGCUGAGGUAGUUCGGAUUGGGGAUGGCUCUUUGAGGCAGGAGGUGGCCGGACCCGCCGGAUCUCCGGGCCGAGAUGGAUUGCCUGGACCACCAGGAGCCGAUGGUGCACCUGGAGAUCCAGGAGAGGAUGGGAAAGCUGGUCCCCCAGGGCCACAAGGAUUCCCAGGAACUCCUGGAAGUCCUGGUUCCAAAGGAGAAAAGGGUGAGACGGGCUUUGGUCAACCUGGACCCAGAGGUCCCCCAGGGCUUCCAGGACCUCCUGGACCAGCAACUGGACAUCAUCCAACGUUUGUUGACAUGGAGGAGGGGUCAGGAUUCCCAGAAUGGGAGAAGAUCCGGGGUCUUGUUGGUCCUCCAGGCCCUCCAGGCCCUCCUGGCCCUCCUGGGGUCCCUGGUACAUCAGUUGCACUUGGAUCCAAUGGUCCAGUUGCCUUUGGACCUCCUGGAUCACCUGGAAGGGAUGGGACCCCAGGUCGACCUGGUCCUCCCGGGGAUCGUGGUCUACCAGGUCAACCCGGGCUCAGGGGAGAAAAGGGCGACUGCGGUGAGCUCAACUCUCAGGGAAGAGCUGGUGAGAAGGGUUCUCGUGGUGACCCAGGACUUCCGGGAACACCAGGACAGACUGGACUAGCUGGGCUUCCUGGUCCCAUGGGCCCAACUGGACCCCCAGGUCGACCAGGGCCACCUGGGCCGCCACACCCCUUUGGCUCUGCUGACCAGGAAGAUUUUUUAGCAAACAGUGGCUUACCGGGACUCAGUGGCCAACCAGGACCACAGGGUCCUCCAGGUAUCUCAGGUUUACCGGGCAAACCGGGUUUUCCAGGAACCAAUGGUGACAAAGGAGCAGAAGGACCAAGAGGUCCACCUGGAAUUCCAGGCCUGGAUGGAUUUCCAGGACACCUGGGGGAGAAGGGAGCUCGAGGAGAGAAGGGGGAACAAGGUCUGCCAGGGCGCGACGCUGGGCCACCGGGACCUCCAGGGCCUCCAGGACCUCCAGGACGGAUCAUUUAUCGGAAUGGGGAUACGGGAGCAGGAAUUCCAGGCCAAGAUGGAUUCCCUGGGCCCAUCGGACCGAAAGGGGAAAAGGGGGACACGGGGCUUCCAGGAUUUGCCCCCAAGGGUGAAAAAGGAGAGCCCGGUGUCAUCAUGGGUCCGGAUGGCCGCCCUUUGUACCUGGGGGGGCUGACAGGGAAACCAGGCGAUAUAGGACCCCCAGGCCCAGUUGGACCUCCAGGCACUUAUGGUCCUCAAGGUCAAAAAGGAGAAAUUGGACUUCCAGGUAGACCAGGUCGACCGGGGCUGAACGGCAUCCAAGGACAAAAAGGAGAGCCGGGCGACAGGUCUGGAGCCACAUACUAUGGUCCCCCAGGUCCACCGGGCCCACCUGGACCCCCUGGACCACCGUCCAGAGGCAAUGAGGACUACUCCGGGUAUUAUCAGGCGACUAAAGGAGAGAAAGGUGACACUGGAGCACCAGGUCUACCUGGCCGACUAGGUGGUGGGUCAGAUUUGGACUUUUAUGCAUUUAAGAAUGAGUUGAAGGGAGAGACGGGAGAUCCCGGCUUGAAAGGAGAGAAAGGAGAACCGGGUGGGGGAUAUUACGACCCGCGAUAUGGAGCGAGUGGACCCGGAGUGCCGGGAGUCCCUGGUCCUCCAGGCCCCAAAGGGGACUCCAUUGCCGGGCCACCGGGUCCCCAAGGGCCACCAGGUCCACCAGGAAGAGGCUAUGAUGGCAGACCUGGACCACCCGGGCCACCUGGACCCCCUGGAGUUCCUUCCUUCCCUGGACCUCACAGGGGCACACAAACUAUAAGUAUUCCUGGACCACCCGGGCCACCAGGAAUACCUGGAAUACCAGGACAUUCUUCCAGGGUGACAGUGUUGCAAUCCUAUGACAUCAUGACAGCCACUGCUAGAAGACAUCCUGAGGGCUCGCUGGUCUACGUCAUAGACCGGACCGAUCUUUAUCUACGAGUCAGAGAUGGGGUUCGUCAAGUCCAGCUUGGGGGCUAUAUUCCAUUGCCACGUGAGGAUGCUAAUGAGGUUGUAGCUGCGGAGCCCCCACCGGUCGUUGCAUACACCCAACACCACGUCUCCAAUGACUCUCACAGUCAAGCGGAGAGGCCGGACCAAGUUAAUCCGGACAGCUUUUCUCAGCCUGAUCCACGUCAGUCCAGCCAGCUGUACCCUCCAUACCAAACAAACCCUGAGGGCAGAAACCAACACCAUCCUGAUCCCAGAUACGACACUGACACUCGACAUACAGCUCAGCCAGAUCCGCGAUACCCCGCACCAACAGACCCCAGAUACCCCAGUUACACAGACCGUGUGAAUAACCCAGAUGGUCGAAACCCCGUUCAUCCAGCCCAUGAACACCCACCUUACUAUGCUGUAACUCCUCAGCGAAGACCCCCUCCACCUGUGCCCCAGACUCCACCCCACCAUCACACAUCAGGUCCAGGGCUCCACCUUAUCGCCUUGAACCAACCCCAGACUGGAUCCAUGCGGGGCAUCCGGGGUGCCGAUUUUCUGUGCUUUACCCAGGCUCAAAGCAUCGGAAUGAAGGGAACAUUCCGAGCCUUCUUGUCCUCCCAACUCCAAGAUCUCCACAGCAUUGUCCGCAAAGCCGACAGAGAAAAUAUGCCUAUAGUCAACUUGAAGGAUGAGGUUUUGUUUGACAACUGGGAUGCCAUUUUUAACGAUGGCACAAUGAAGCAGAAUGUCCCAAUCUACUCUUUUGAUGGUAAAGAUGUUCUCCGCGACAGCAUCUGGCCCGAAAAGAUGAUGUGGCACGGUUCCACGGCCAAUGGUCAGCGGCAGGUUGACGGUUUCUGCGAGUCGUGGCGCAUGAGCAGCCACAUCCUGACCGGCAAGGCCUCCCCGCUGCACAGCGGCAAUCUGCUCCGGCAGACCCCCAGCAGCUGCUCCAGCUCCUACAUAGUGCUGUGUGUGGAGAACAGCUAUAUUGGCUAUGGCAGGAAAUAAACACACAAAAAAAACAUGUCAUCGAGAGAAACCUGCUUGGGACUAUAAACACGGUUCAGUUGUUUCCUUGCGUAUAGAUGAUUUUUAUUUUAACUUUUUGUGUUACUUAGCCGGUGCUACACAAGGUGAUCAUAGAUUAUACGUGAAACAGCAGUUUCAUGGAAUUCCGAAGAAAAGAUUUAAACUUGAGACUUUGAGCAAGGAAUUAGAAUCAGAACAAAUAACUGAACAAGAAAGUCAAUUUGUAUGACUUAAUAACAGGGCUUGUUUCCUUUUUUCUUUUCUUUUUUUAAUAAGUGUGCCUUUUCUUUUUUACUGUUGUCUGUUUCCAAAAUAAUUCAAAAUGUAUCCAGUUAAAGUUCAGACAUUAGCCAAGUUGACGAUUAAA